AUGUUCCCUGCAUCUGUGCUGCUGGUGCUGCUGGCAGCUGCCUCCUGUGUGUGCGGUAUUGUUGACCCAGAACUCACCCAGCCAAGCUCAAUGGUUGUAAAACCUGGAGAGUCUUUGAGCAUCACCUGUAAGGUCUCUGGGUAUUCUAUCAGUGAUGAUAGCUAUACCACAGACUGGAUUAGAUAUCCUGUAGGUAAAGCUAUGGAAUGGAUCGUUGACUCAGAUGGAAACUCCAAGGAUUCUUUCAAAAGCAGGUUAAGCAUCUCCAAAGAUGGUUCCAACAUAGUCACUUUAGAAGGGCAGAGAAGUCAAACUGAAGACACAACUGUCUAUUACUGUGUCAGACAGCACUGUGAUGCUUUUGACUACUGGGGUAAAGGGACACAAGUCACCGUCUCAACAGCAACCAUAGCCCCCCCUACUCUGCUCACUCUUAUGAACUGUGGAACCCCUACUAACAACGUCUACAGCAUCGGUUGUGUCGCUACCGGGUUUUCUCCUUCCUCGCUCACCUUCAAAUGGACAGAUGCCAGCGGGAGUGCGCUGACGGACUUCAUCCAGUACCCGGCGGUCCAGAGCGGGGAAACCUACACAGGAGUCAGUCAGCUCCGCGUGGAUGAGAAUGUCUGGAAAACCUCAACAACUUUCAAAUGUUCCGUGAAACAUCCUGGAGGUGAAAAGACAGCAGACAUCAAAAAACCAGUCUCACAGAUUCCAACAGUGUCUUUGCUGGCGCCCAAUGGCACCACCCAGUACCUGAUGUGUAUGAUUGAAGAUUUCGCCCCGGAGAAAGUCACUGUCACCUGGAAGAAGAAUGACAAGGAGGUGGAGGGCCCGAAACCUACUGUAGGCCAACAGCAGUCAGGCCUCUUCUCAGCCAGCAGUCUGCUGAAGGUCGUCAACACUGACUGGAACAACAAGGUCCAGUACAGCUGUGUGGUGCAGCACCAGGAACAAACCAUCACCGAGACGAUCUCCAAAACAGAACCACUGACGGUGACUCUGAACCCACCGAGUGUGAAAGAGGUGUUCUUGAACAACCAAGCAGUGCUGGACUGUGUCAUCACUGGUACAGACAAGGACACAGUGUCUGGUACCACUAUCACCUGGCAGGUCAAUGGACAGGCCAAAAUGGAUGGCAUCCUUCUGAAACCUAUUAAAUCAAAGGGCAACCUGAACAGCAGGGUCAGUACUCUGACCAUAGACAUGACGGAGUGGACCAAAGUGAACAAAGUCCAGUGUUCGGCCAUGAAGAGUGGUGAAGUCACACCGGUCAUUCAGGACCUCAGCUUCACCAAAGGAUGUCGAGCCCCUUCAGUGUCCGUCCACCUUCUCCCGGAGGAAGACACGAAGGAGGAGGGGGAAGUGACUCUGGUGUGCCUGGUGGUCAGCCCGUCUCUCUGUGACGUCUACAUCAUGUGGAAGGUGGACAGCGGCGAGUACCAGGAGGGGCUCACCAGCCGUCCUCAGAAAACCCCGGAAGGCAACGACUCUGUUACCAGCGUCUUCACCACCACCAAGAAUGAGUGGCAGAGAAACGUGCAAUUCACAUGCGCCGUCAAGUACGCCGGCUCGGACAACAACACCGCACCUAAGGAGAGGAGUGUGUCGAAGUCCAUGGAGAACAUCCUACUGACUGAGGCGGGCUUCGCUCUGAGCUGCACGGACAACGAUGAGGAUGAGUUUAGCAGCCUGUGGUCCACCACCUCCUCCUUCAUCAUCCUCUUCCUUCUCUCCCUCACCUACAGCACAGUGCUCAGCCUGGUCAAGAUGAAGCAGUGAAGAACACAUGAUGGACUGCAGAGAUAGAUGUGUCUAGAUUAGAAAGGACAUGGUCUGGGAUGGUUAUGGCAUAGUGUUCUAUAGUAAUAAUGUUAUGUAUAUAUCCAAUACGUUAUUGAUUAUGAUUGAUUAGUAUUGUUGUUCUCAAUAUUAUACAAGCAUUGUGGUGAUAUGUUAUUUUUCAUUCAUUGAUUUAUAUUGUAUCCUGUGUAUCCUGUGAUGUUUGUGUGUCCUUUUUCACUUUAAUAAAGUCUAACUUUUA